UAGUUUAUAUCUCAAUUUAUAAUCGCAAUGAUUAUAAAUUGACUUAAAGACGUGUGUAUCGGACUGAUUGUGAGUCACAGUAACGCGUGGUCGAACACCAUUGUUUGUCUCAUAAAAAACGGAAAUUAUUUAUGACUCGAUCUAAUAUAUAUAUAUGUCUGUAUAAGUGAAAAAGAAGGUAGACGACACACAUUCCAGAAUAUAUUCGACAUUGAUCUUUAGACGCGCAAGCGCCGCCAGAUUUUAGCUAGUUCAGUGUCUAUCUCGGUCGAAUUGGUUUCGUUCUUUCACACGUUUCAAGAGUCUAACAACUGUAUCCGUUUAUUUGCGUUUUUCUUCGAAAGAGAUUACUACAUAUUAUCGUUGAAAAGCUCCUCUUGAUCUUUAAAUCAAAUAUUGUGUGCAACGUGUGCAAAGCAAUCGAUAUACUGAGAUUCAAUCUUUUAUUUGAUUCCCUUAUAUCAAACAUUGACCAAGAGACUGUAAAAGAAGAAAAAAACCAAAAACAUAUUUUUAAAAAAAUAGUAUACGUGUGUUUAGUUUAAUUCAAUGUCGGCCAUUAUCGAUGCCUGUGGAAAUGACACUGGAUCACCUUCCAUGUCCAAAGCGGAAGAUAAUUUAUCGAACAGUGAUGGACCAUUGAUUAGAAAAAGCGUUCAUCAAAAUAGUACCAGUAGUCUUCGUAUAAGUUCGGAAAAUAUUAAUGGAACUACGAUCGUCACGUCGCGUGGAUCAACGCCGAUCGGUGAAAAAUCAUCGAGGAAACGUUACUGUCUUUGGACAUUAACAUUUUUCUUAGCAAUAAUUGGCCUGUGUAAUUUAUUUUUAAGUAUUACAAUUAUCGCAGUGUUACGAAUAAGUCAAGGUAUGGAAGCAAUGGAAAUGAUACCAGAUGAAAAUCUCGUCAAAUUUUACGGCCGUACAGAUUUGGACAAACUUUGUUUACAAUCCGGCGUAUGUCAGAGUUACGGCGAUGAACCUAUGGAAAUAUCAACGGACAAUGGUGGUAUUAGAAUCGAUGUUAAGGGUAAAUUGGAUCAUGAAAGUUCACGUUCACGUGUAGAACUACUUUCAAAUGGUACGAGCAUAUCUCAAGUUAAAUCGUUCGAAGUUAAAGAUUCUCGUACUGGGGCUAUUUAUUUUACAACAGAUUUUCCUAAUUUUGGUCUACCAAAUGGGAUCCAGAAAAUCGAUGUAAAAAUAGCACAGACACAUAGAAUAACGUCUCCAGUUAACGAAAGUUUAACAAUCGAUUCGAAUGAUCGAAUUUCAUUACACGGUGCUGAAGGUAUCAAAAUGGAAAGCAAAGAGAUCGUCUGGAAUGCUAGUAACGAUGUCUUUCUUAAAAGUCUCAAUGGAAAUAUCAUAUUUGAUACGAAAAAUGGUGUUAUUAUUGAUAUGGAUAAUAUACCGAUUGCACCAAUGUUCGUACAAAAUCCUACAGAUCAAGAACAAUUUAAAGUAUGUAUUUGCAUGCCCCAAGGUAAACUUUUCAAGGUUCCUGUACGCAUUGGUGCCAAUGUAAGAUCUGUCAAUUGUGCUCGUAUCAGUCGAACUCCCGAAAACGAUCCUUGUUUGCGGUAAAAACAUUUUUUCCAUAUAAAUAUUAUUUCAAUCUUCUUUAGAUGCUUAUUUCUACGACUAAACGCUCGACAUACACCAAGUGUUUUUUUGAGCAAAACAAAUCAUUUGUCAUAUCAUUUUUCUAAGAUUGUCUUCUAUAUCUUACAUCUUAGAAAAUUGCAUAUCUUUUCUUUUAGCAAAUGAGUAAAUUCAUCAUCGUAAUAAUAUUAAUA